AUGAUAGCUUCAUUAAAGGCAGCAAUCAAGAUUGUCGCAUACCACGCGUCAGCGAGUCGCCAGCAGCAGCAGCAGCAGCAGCAGCAGCAGCAGCAGCAGCAGCAGCAGCAGCAGCAGCAGCAGCAGCAGCAGCAGCAGCAGCAGCAGCAGCAGCAGCAGCAGCAGCAGCAGCAGCAGCAGCAGCAGCAGCAGCAGCAGCAGCAGCAGCAGCAGCAGCAGCAGCAGCAGCAGCAGCAGCAGCAGCAGCAGCAGCAGCAGCAGCAGCAGCAGCAGCAGCAGCAGCAGCAGCAGCAGCAGCAGCAGCAGCAGCAGCAGCAGCAGCAGCAGCAGCAGCAGCAGCAGCAGCAGCAGCAGCAGCAGCAGCAGCAGCAGCAGCAGCAGCAGCAGCAGCAGCAGCAGCAGCAGCAGCAGCAGCAGCAGCAGCAGCAGCAGCAGCAGCAGCAGCAGCAGCAGCAGCAGCAGCAGCAGCAGCAGCAGCAGCAGCAGCAGCAGCAGCAGCAGCAGCAGCAGCAGCAGCAGCAGCAGCAGCAGCAGCAGCAGCAGCAGCAGCAGCAGCAGCAGCAGCAGCAGCAGCAGCAGCAGCAGCAGCAGCAGCAGCAGCAGCAGCAGCAGCAGCAGCAGCAGCAGCAGCAGCAGCAGCAGCAGCAGCAGCAGCAGCAGCAGCAGCAGCAGCAGCAGCAGCAGCAGCAGCAGCAGCAGCAGCAGCAGCAGCAGCAGCAGCAGCAGCAGCAGCAGCAGCAGCAGCAGCAGCAGCAGCAGCAG